AUGAAAAAUAAAGGAACUCGUGAAGUGUUAAGAGUUUUACAAAAGUUUGUAGCAGAACAUAACCCAAGUACUUUAACAUCAGACCAAGACAGUGCAUACCUCAGCAAUGAAAUCACAGAAUUUCUCAUUAAGCAUAACAUAACUCACUACACUACUGAAGACCAUAACCAUAACAUACUCGGCAUCAUAAACCGCUUCAUAAGGACUCUCAGAGAUUUAAAUCAAGAGCGAGACUUUACCGAAGAAACAAUGAAACAUUUUCUCGAAGUAUAUAAUUCCUCAACACAUUCUACAACAGGACAUACACCAAAUUCAAUGACACAACAACAAGAAGAAAAGUAUAUACAAAAGAAACGAAGCCAAACACAAAAUAUCAGAAAUUCAACACAAUUUACCCUCAUUCCUGGUACAAAAGUUCGUGUAGUUCUUGACGACAAACCGUUGACAAAGAAACGUUUAAGGUUAAGUAGAAAUUAUUAUAUCGUAGACUCUACACAAGGUAAUGGAUAUCUUAUAAAAGCUGCUGACGACUCCAUAGCAUUUUACCCUCGACAUAAGUUAGUCGAAAGUAGUAAUGGCAAACUUGCUGAAACCAUUGACGAAGCAAAGCGAGGAGUGGUUAUUGAAAUACUUGGCUACAACAUAAACGAUGACACUUAUAAAGUAAGAUAUGAAGGAGGUGUUGAAGAUGUUAUACCAUCUAAGAACUUGAGAGAGUCAAAGCCAACUCAUCUGGGACCAUUAGAGCGGGAGUAUUGGAAAGACAAAAACAUGCCAGAAAGAAUAAGAAAAUUCUUCUAA